CGCCGCGGUCGUGGCCGAGCGCACUCACAGCACAGACUCCGUACAGCCGUAGCGCCAUCGAGUUUCGCUUUUCGUCGUUCUCGGUACGUCGCUGCGGGCCGUGUAGCCAGACGACAGUUUGCCCUGUGUGCCUGGACGGGGCGGGUGUAAUUUCGAUCGUUCGCGUGGUGACGUUACACACGUUUUUUCGGAACGGUGUAUCGCGUGAGAAAAAGUGACAUUAACGGUUUUCGUAUCACGGUUCGUAAAACGGGGAUAAAAUUGUUCGCACGCGUACGAACUCGACACAUGAAGAGAAAAAUAAUUGGUGCAAAGUGGACGAGGAAAGAAGACGCAAGUAGUAGAACCGGCAACGAUUCGAGGAAUGACCCCACAUGAUCGUUUGCGGUCGCACGACGCUUUGACGAGUCGCGAUACGACGCGAUGAUAUCUUCCAGGUGUUUAUUAUUCCCACCUUGACUACAUCACGCGUGGAUUUUUUUAUCGCCUCUUAUCCGUUAUCUGAUUAGUGAUUAGUUCGGUGUGAAAGAAAAUUAAAGUGUUUUAAAUCGAAAGGGAAAGAGCAAAAGGAGAGGAAAAAGUUUAGUUUUGUUUGUUUACUCCGGUUCGUCGCACCACGAGAGUCAUGGGUGAUGUGUACACGCUAGUUAGUGACCUGCUCGUGAAGGAUACACCCGCGGACAGAAGAAAAAUCGACCUGACCACGCCACCCGCAAGGAUGAAUCACCAGCUCGAGUCAUCGGCGAACCGUUCCUCCGAUUCGCGACUACUCUCGACACGGAUGCCCGCAUUCUGCAGAAUAAACACAGAGAGUCGAACCGAGGUAACAGGGAUGAAAGGAUUUCUUCGACUGUGUCGAGAAAGGUUACCAAUCACUGUAUCACGAUUCGCAAAAAGUUUGCAAACUGUGGCAAGGUUUCUCACAAUAUUAACUUGGCUACAUUCAUGGAUAUCAGACAAUACGAUGCCUAAUGAUGAUAAGCGACCAAUCAGAUCGUGGAACAUUCAUUUACAGACACGAAGACGCGAUGUGACGUUGUUUCAUCUGUUAAUACUGGCUGGUUUGUUCACCCUUGGCACGGCCGCAAUCUGUCCAAACGGUUGUAUCUGCGACGACGACAACCUCGUGGUAUCCUGUAUAGGAGCAAAUUUGGAUGUCAUACCGAUUGCCCUGAAUCCAAGUAUCCAGCGAAUAGUGUUGAAGGAAAAUCGAAUAAAAAUAGUUGACGCAGCCGCGUUCCAAUUCUACGGGGACUUAAAGAACGUCGAUUUGUCGAGCAAUCACCUGUUUACCAUUCCCAAUGGGAGCUUCGAUGCUCAGAAGCAACUGGUGGAACUUCAUCUAAGACAUAAUAAGAUCUCGGCAUUGACCGAGAAGACGUUCCAAGGUUUGAAAUCUUUGACGGUGCUCAAUCUACGUGACAACUACUUGGAAAACCUGAAGAAUGGCCUGUUUGCCUCGUUAUCGAAGUUGGAAGAGUUGGACUUGGGGAAAAAUCGCAUAUCGAAAGUGGAGCUGGGUGCUUUUCAAAAGUUGGGCACGCUCCGAGUAUUACACCUCGACGACAAUCAGUUGAAGACCAUCCCAUCUCCGGCUCUGGCUCCGUUGAAUGCUUUAGCUGAGUUGCAUAUAGGUUGGAACGCGUUUUCAUCACUUCCAGACGACGCGUUCAGGGGAUUGGAACAAUUGACCGUGCUUGACAUUACCGGUGCCGGCUUGGACAACAUAAGCGACAGCGCUUUUCGCGGUUUGAACGCUCUGCGCACGUUGGAAUUGGAUGGGAACAAAUUGCGAGAAGUGCCGACUAGACAAUUGGCCGUUCUGCCUCGACUCGAGGAGCUCACGCUGGGUCAAAAUUUCUUCACGAUCCUGAGAUCGGGUGCCUUCCAAGGCCUGUCCAAGUUGAAAAAAUUGGACAUAUCCGCGGCAAAGUUAUUAACCACCGUUGAACGAGGAGCGUUCUCGGACAACGCAAAUCUAGAGACACUAGUGUUGAAUAGUAACAAACGGCUGACUACAAUGGAGGACGGUUCCCUGGCCGGGUUGCCCAACCUAAAGCACUUGAUGCUGCGCGAUAACGCAUUCACCGGAUUCUCGGAAUCUCUAGUGGCCUGGAACGAGCUUCGCCGACUCGACUUGAGCGAAAAUCCCUUGGUCUGCGACUGCAGCCUACUCUGGUUAUCCGAGAUCCUCGUCCCAAGAAACUCCAGCCCGGUGUUGUGCCUGGAGCCAGCCGAGUCGAAAGGGAAGCCUAUAAAGGGCAUGACACCCGACGAAUUAGGUUGCGCUUUCUCCGACCCCAGGAAACAAGCUCUGCUGGCCACCCUCAGCACGGCUGGCGUCGCCUUCUUCUGCGCCGUGUGUCUGAUCGGCUACUACAGAUGUCGCAGACGCUUUGGGGACGCGUUGAAAGACUACAAGUGGAAAAACCGCGGCAUCUCCCGCAAGGAGCACGAGUAUCAAAAGACCUUCUCGAACGACGACGAGUACAUCGUCAGAUCCGCUCACACUCACCACCAUCACCAUCACCAUCAAGCUCAACCGCAACAAAUCCCGCCUCACCAUCAUCAUCACCAUCUUCAACAGCAACAACUGCAACAACAACAACAACAGCAACAACAGCAACAACAACACUCCCAGAUAGCGGCUGGUAUCAAGCCUAUACCAGUGACGGAACUCACUACUCUCGCCGAAGGCUUCACCUACAUCGACGGGGAGACGGCGCGCCAAAUGCGCCGCCCGGGAACGCUGCCCAACUCCGGGACGUCCGGCCAUCGUCCAGCCGCCAUCGAGGACGGCUCAACGGCGUUGACCGUCCCAGGGGAUAACUGCUCCUCCACAGGCGGUGGUAGGCUGCAUUAUUCGAAUCAUUCUCUGCGCCGCACGCCCCAGCCACCCCAUCUGCCCCCCCGCGACCCGGACAACGCCUCGGAAAGGGCGCAGAACGACUCGAGGCUUCAGAACGGCAUACCUGGACACCAUCACGCGCCACCUCCGCUACCCUCGAGACACCAGUCGUCCUGCGGCCAAUCCUCCUACCCUACCCUGCCCAUGAACGGCCACGCGGCCCAUCAGUAUCAUCAUUUCCCGCGCGAGAAGGACAGAUCGUCGACUCGUGAGAGGAGUCGCGAUCGAGAUGUGCAAUCCGUCCCUCAUCGGUCCGAGAAGCACCGAGAACUUCAGAUGGAGAUGGAGAUGCGCGACGGGAUGGACAUGGAGAUAGGCACGUAUCGGGCGUAAGGAAGUGUAUGUAUGCGGGUGACAAGGUGAACUAAGAUUUCGAUAAUGCGCCGAGUGAAUUGAAUCGAAGACUGAAAUAAACUCGAAUAAGGCGGAGUGGGGAGAAGGGACUCUGACGCGGUUCACGCGUCUCCGUCCGAUUCUUCUCGUGGCGAGCUUGCGUAAAUGGUGGAGGAGAGAAAGAUGCAUUGCGCGAAGCAUUUGAUGCAACAAUCGCCGGUGCAAUCGCGAAUGGAAUUGGCGAACUCGCAGCUAAAUCAAACUGAAGACUGAUUACGACGGGCGUAUGGUGAACUGUAAUAACUCGACGAGUAAGUUAAUGAUGAUAACAUUGGUACAUUCCAAUCAUCUGUCUGCCAGUCUUCGUUGGAAUCGGCGACCACGCAAAUUUCGAAUCAAAUUAUAAUCUUUUUUUGAUCGAUAGGAAUUUCUCCGAUUACGUCGUGUAUACGCCUCGUGUAUAUGGUGUUCACAAUGGGAAAUCUCCAUGUUUACAUUACUUAAAAUCGUGCCGAUGGAAAUUACGGAUCAACAGGAAGAAAUAUACAUAUAUAAAUAUAUAUAUAUAUAAAUAAAUAAAUAGAAAGACACAUCGAAGUUAUUUUAAUGAAAGCAAAGAUUCAUAUGCCCGAUGGGAAUAAGAAAACGGGAAUAAGAAGAACAAGACGUGCAUACGGAUCAAACGUUAAGGAUCAAUGAUGCUUUGAAGGGAAAUCCGUCAAAAGGGAUAAAAAAAACUCUGAUUAUUAUGAGAAUUGUGAGAAGGUAUCGAUACGUUUCGUCGGACGUGGGCAUCCGUUUCACAAUAGCGCAAUGCGCGGACUAAGGGGCUGUACCGUGAAAAAGGAACGAGAUUUCGCAAAGCAAGAUGGAUCGGAUUGAGGGGGAGGGGUGAGAAGAGUCAAAAGACCGAUGGAAAUAAGAACUGUGUUCGUUGCUCCACUAACGAUUUUUACGUGCUAUAGAAUGAUCGUGUGUUCGAGAUAUAUCGGUGACUUUGAAGAUCGUUGAAAGACGAAACCCGGAAGAGGAAGCAAAAGGGAAGAAAGAUCAAAGUUUCGGGCGAAGCUUGUGUCUCGAUUAUACGAAUUAUAUGUGGACUUGCAUGUCGUUUGUAAAGAUCAUUUUUAGAGAAAGAUGGAGCAAUAUCGAUCGUCGAUCACACGCUUCCACCGCCAUUGCUGUCGUUCACGAACGAUCCACAAUGAACGUUUGUGGGAAUUAUUAUUGCAAUUACGGUGAAUUUUCAAGCGCCUUAUGCGAGUAAUCUUGAGGAUGUGAAAAAAUCGUAUUCAGAAUACUCUAUUGGGGAUUUCAAUGAUUCGUUGCGUCAUUUUAUUCCCAGCGUUUAUUAUGUAUAUGUAUUUAUUGGCGUGGUAUUAGAAAACUUUGUAUUUGUAUCCGUAAUACCUUUGUAUUUUCUAUAUUAUUUAAAGGAAAAUUAUAUCGAAUGCUUUAUAUUCCCUUGGGGAUAAAUAAAUUUUUUGUCUCGAAGGAAGAUCGAGUAAUGUGAACGAGUAAUUGUAAAUUAUUGUAUAGAUAUUUUCUAAAAUUUAAUCGCAGCAUAAAAAUGGGGAGGGAGGGGAGAAAAAGAAAAAAAAUGGAAUUACAAAUUUGUAACGAGACAUCUAUUUUCUGAGUACGAUUCAUAAUAAAUGAAUGCUCACAAUGAACUUUCACGAUGUGUAACGUUAUAUUAAGUCAACCACUUAAUUAUACCUAAAUCAUUGAAUAAAUUACUUAAAAAAAUAAAAAAAAUAAAAAAAAAAAGAAAGAAAAAAAA